AUGGCCAAGAAUCUUGUCGACAAGGCUUUUGAAGAGUACAUUGAGCAAAUCAUACAGCCGGAGAAUCUUCAAAAGCGUUACGAAACGGAGCUACAACUUCGGGGCAAAUACGAGAUGGUGGAAGUGACGUCCUUGAAGGAAUUUGAACAAAAGACGAGGAUGAAGCUUCAUACGAAAGACCGCCACAAAAUCUGUUGCGACGUUCUUCAAGUUAUCCGUCCUGUCUGCGAAGGCUGGAAAGCAAUGGAUACAAUCAGGAAGGAGAUCGAGGAGAAGGCGAAGGAAAAGAAGCAAGCAGGCAAGAAGGCAAUGGUAGAAGCAGAGUCGACAGAAUCUUCAUUCUCAGAAGCCCCAGAAACAUCAAAGGGUAAAAAACGAAAGAGGCCAUCGCCUUCCGAUCCGGAAGGCAAACACUCCGACACAGCGAACAAGGACGAGAAGAAGAAGAAAGAGGAAGCAGGGAGACCAUACAGGAAAAGUAUCCUCCUAAUGGCUGAAGAGUACGUUCGGCGUGCAGAAGCGAAGGGAAAGCAAGAGCAAUUGAACCGUGUCUUCCUCUUGGCCAAUCGAUUUGACCCCAUUUUUGCGAAACGCCUGCACAAGUGCGAUAUGAGACCGAUUUCUGAGAUGGCACUUCCCGACCCAGACAAUAAGAUCGCAUGCCAAGAGCCAGCCGAAUGCAGAAGCAUUUCAGCGAAAGGCAACGGACAGGGGAAGUGCCGAAAGGCCAUCCUUACAAGCUGGAAAUUGGCUGAAAAGGAGAGCUACAAGAAACUUCGGCAAGACAUGAGGGACGGGAUAUACACGCACAAUCCCUUCGAUUACAUGGUCCCGGAAAAGUACUUGCAGUACGAGACAAUGGGACAAGAAAAAGACAACGGGAAAAAGUUCCUUAAGGAAGAGCGAGGUUGGGAUUACAACAAGCCCCCACCGAAGGAAAAGGAUCCAAAUUCGCUGUUGAGUCAUUUCGAGGAGGAGUAUGAGAGACUUAAGCAGCGGACCCCGUCGUCGUCGACACCAAACGCAGACGGCCCGGGCACCUCUGCUUUACAACCCACUCUUCCCUCUCUUCUUCUUACAGAUCCGCCAUACUUUGGUCCCGACACACUGUCUCCCAAGAUUGAAGAGCGUCCCUCUUACGCUGCGGCGGCACCCACUGAGAUUCUUCCCCGUCCUAGAACGAUGGUCAUUGCCUCAAAACCCACAGACUCCAUGAUUUUCGCUUCCAGUUGA